AAAUGACUGGUUGAGUCGGAGUGUUUCAGAGCUGUGGAGAAAGCCAGGGCAGUUUUCACUGCUGCAAUGAAUUAUUAAUUCAUUUCCAGUGUCCACGUCAGUGUGCCUGCAGUAGGUUGCUUCACUGAAAAGCUAGGCCAAAUCAGAAUAAUCUGAAAUGUACACUCAAUUAAUGAACAGUCCCAUAACAGAUCAAAUUCAGUGACAGUCCCUGGGUUUAACAGCUUUAAAAUAACUUCCACUUGUGCAGUAGAGCACAGCUAUGGAUUCAUUUUCUUUUUCCUAAGAAUACUACUUCCAAUAUCAUUAUCUAGGCUUAACAGGAAAUCUGCAGCUUGAAGCUUCCACCUAUAAUGCUAUAAUGUAUAAUGCUAAACCCACCAACAACCCAUUGCAUGCACAACAUAGCAUCAUACUUUCAUUUUCUCUUGAUCAUUUGUUUCUUCAUUCAUCCAUUUACAUUGUCAUGUCACACCCCACAUCAGCUCAAACCCCAUCCUUUAGCAUUUGCUUUUCAAUUUUUCUCUCUUUAGCCUCAAGCAGCAAUCUCGUAACACUAGUGCUACAAAAUUUCCUUUUGUUCUCCAAACAACUCAUUGUGUUGGUAGCAAGAAAGGCAAGUGGUUCAGAAAUGCAACCAAUAUGAAUUGAAUUUUAAAUUCACUCUAUAACUUAAACUUGAAAAUUACAACAUCAAUUCAAAUUAAGAGAUGUUUAUUUGUUUUAAAAGCUAACCAGACAAAUACGCUGAUUUGCCAGCAAUAAAUAUUGCAUUUCCCUUAUGCAAAUGUUCUAUUCAAGUGCCCACUCAGGAAGACCACUUGAGUUUUAUAUUUAUAGAAUCAAAUCAAAAUGAUUCUGCAGACCACAGAGAGCCAACGCCAAGCCCUCUAUAAAACAGCAGACCACCAAGAUCUCUGAAAACAAUAGAUCACCAAGCCCUCUAAUAGAGCCCAGCGCGCUAACGCAGAGCUCUCUCUGUAAACCUUGGUUACAGUUUAAAACAAAUAAUUUGGACAAAAAAGCCUUAUCUCAAGUCUCCUCUCACUCAUCCUUAUCUGUUUAAAUAUCUUGGUGGAACCUCCCAUUUCUGGUGCGUACUGAUACAGAGUGAGACUCGGAGACCUCAGGUGGAGUGCUCUCUGAUGGGUGUGAGUCGGCUGGAUGUUUUCUACAGACGGCUUCUCCUCACCAAACUCUUCAUCCAGGGAUGGGGAAAGCCGGAAGACCUCAAACGAAUAUUUGAGUUCCGGAAGAUUAUUGGGAACAGAGAGAAGUGUAAGGACUUGGUUCCCCGGGACUAUCCAGUUUUCAUAGAAAAGGUAGAGGAGCAAACCGACUGUAAAAUCCUAAAUGGCCAUUUUAUCUCACCCCUGGAACAUAUUGUUCCUGGCAUCUUGCCUUCAGAGUCAGUGAAAGCAAGGUUCCAGUUUUUAGUGCCUAAGAGAUGGAAGAAGUACAAGCCAGUGUGCAUUCAUCUAGCUGGCACUGGGGAUCAUUUUUUCUGGAGGAGGCGGACGCUUAUGGCUCGACCAAUGAUAAAGGAGACAGGGAUGGCCUCCCUGUUGCUGGAAAAUCCUUACUAUGGAUACAGAAAACCUAAAGACCAAAAGCGCUCGUGUCUGAAAAACGUGUCGGACCUGUUUGUGAUGGGCGGGGCUCUGAUCCUGGAGUCAGCUGUCCUACUGCACUGGCUGGAGAGGGAGGGCUACUGGCCCCUCGGCAUGACUGGCAUCUCAAUGGGAGGGCAUAUGGCAUCUUUAGCAGUCACAAACUGGCCUAAGCCAAUCCCACUGGUGCCCUGCCUCUCCUGGUCCACAGCAUCCAGCGUGUUUACCACCGGAGUGUUAAGCAAAGCUGUGAACUGGAGGGAACUGGAGAAGCAGUACGCCACAUACUCUGUUUAUGAAGAGGAAAUUACCAGGAUGCUGGAGUACUGUGGGACCGAUUCAUUCAGGAUGGGCCAGGAUUUUGUGAAGAACUCACCCAGAAGCUUUGACUCCCUCUCGGAUCUGGAUUUCACCUCUGACCUCUUGACGCUGAACCAUUCAGAACAGGAGAAACUGAGCAUGGGUGCAUCAGUCAUGAGCUCUCAGGUGGGCCGAACAUCCAAUGGCCGCAAGCUGCUAAUUGGUGGAAACCAUAAUGGGCUAGACCGGAUUCUUUCGGCGGUGAGCAGCAGUGCCCCCCAUAUGGAAAUGCUGAAUGCCAAGAACAUCACCCAGGAGGACGGGAGCCGGAGAACCCUGCAGCGCGAGUCGUUGGGCUUCAUGAAGGGUGUUAUGGAUGAGUGCACACACAUCGCCAACUUUUCAGUGCCUGUGGACCCCAGUCUGAUAAUUGUGGUACAGGCAAAGGAAGAUGCCUAUAUUCCUCGUACUGGGGUGCGUAGCCUGCAGGAGAUUUGGCCAGGCUGUGAGGUCCGCUUCCUGAACGGGGGUCACAUCAGCGCCUAUCUCUUCAAACAGGGCCUGUUCAGGCAGGCCAUUUACGACGCCUUUGACCAGUUUAUUCAAAAAUACAAAAUCCCCAGCUGAAUAACUGGAAAAAACCGCAGCAUUUAAAGCAGCAGAUGCAGUCAUUCUCUGGUCGGCAGUGCACUGGAAAUGGGAGGGAUCAGACUUCAAUCACACCAAGCUGGCAACCAGCUGUAUGACAGCCUAAAUGUAUGAUUGCUCCUGCCCUCAAAUAAGAAUAUGGUGCUAUUUGAAUCAGAGUACUGGUGUUUUGGGAAAAAAUGACAAUAUGAAAUGUAUUUGAAUCAAAUAUGUUUCAGUUUGAAAGUAAUUUAGUGCUUAUUCACUUGGCUCAUUGCCUAGUCUACAAUCCAGCUUCCUUACCUUCAUUCGUGUUGCCUUUCAUUUGAUGUACCUGACAGCAGGUAUUUCCUAAGCUGGGGGGUGGUAUUAUUCUGCUGUUCCCGGUGGUCAAACCCAUAUGCAAAUACUUUUUCAUAAUCAAUAAGUUGCUGAAGUUAUUUCGUUCAUUGUUUUACCUGGCUUUGUGCAUUUUUUUACAAUGUUAUGUACUCCCUCCCUUCCUUCCCAACUGAAGUUAGGGUACUGAAUUAAACUUGCACAUACUACAUCAAACUGGGCUGCAGAAACUCAAUGAAGCAAAUCUGACAACAAUUUUGAAUUUGGGAUGUCCAUUUGGAAUCCAUGUCCGGUUAUAUUAUUAAACCGAGGUGUAUCUGAAAUCUGUCAGUCUUUAUGUAGUGCAUGUAUUCCUGUUGCUCUGCUGGGAUGUUGUGAUUGAGGGACCUACCAAUGUGUGCCAAUGUUAUUAUUAAGAACUUCUGUAUAUUUCUGUGUACUUGUAUAAAAGGGGAUAAAGACAAAUUGGCAGACUGAGGGUCCAUGAAUGGCAUGGAUUUAAUUGGAUUUAAUCUAGUCUGAGUGUUUCUCAGGGCAUGAUUGAUUUACACUUGUCAAUGAUUGAAAGCACACGGACUUACUGUAAGUUUCUCAGUCUGUACAGCAGCUUGCUACAAGCACAUGUAUGUUGAAGAUCUAGCCUUUGCUAUGUCAUCAGCAGACUAUGGCUGAGUGUCUGUUGUGCACUGAAAUGGCUGGGUCUGCCCACGGGCAGGCUGGGCUAAGUCAGCCUGCCUUGCUUUGUUUACCACGGUUAUGCUAACAUGAAUAGCAAGUUGUUAUUCUGAUAUUUCUUGACCCAAUCACCUCACUGAUUUUUUUAAACUUAAUUUCAGACAGCCUUUGCACUCACACAGUGGGAUCAGCGCAGCACUCUGAAUACAAAAUGUACCUGUUUCUGAAAACUAUGCAAACAGGCAAAUUUUACAGUGCUGCUAGGAAUUAUGGGAUAUGUUUUGCAAGAUGCUUGUAAAGAUCAUCAAGUAUCAUGCUUGGUAGAAAGGUUACUGACCCCCACCACCACAAAUGAAAUGUUAAUUUAACUUUGAAAAUACAGAACUGAAAUAAUGGUACUAGUACAUAGUGUAACUCAUUUAAGUUCUUCCAAAAGUGAACUGGCACUAUUUAUCUUUGUGAGGUAAUAUUUUAUGUCAAGUAAUUUGCACUUUUUAUUGUUAAUGAAAAUGAGAACAACCUAUGUGAAUUAAGAUCACAUGAUCACCAUUGAUUGCUAUUGUAAUCCUCAGGCCAUCUAAAGUUUUUCCUCAAAUGUCCACAGAAUUAUUCUUUUUUGGAUUGAACGUAGCAGACACACUUUGUUCAGUAAUGUGUGCAACUAUUUAAAAACCUUUUUCAUAAGAGAUGGUAUUUUGUCAGUAGAAACGGCUACAAGAGUAGAACAUAAUCACCCUUUUGUUUGAGAUGUACACUAAUUGUUUUGGCUUUGAAAGAUGCAACUGAAGUGUUCUUUUUUUUUUCUUCAUUCUUUAAAAAUUGGUUUUGGAAUCAUGUCAAGCAGUAUUUGAAUUUCUAAUUAUUCAUAAAGCUGUGUUUAAGCAGUUCCAUGAAUUUGGUCAGUUUGGGUUUAAGUUGGAAGGAAUGAUAUUGUAAGAUAUAAAGAACGGUCUCCAGUGAGACACCUGAAGAGAGUCGCUCUUCAUGAAAAACACUAGCACUGAUUGUACAUCAGUUGGUAAACGGCAAAGUGUAUCUCCCCGUCUUUAAAAGGCUGAAAAGCAUGAAUGCCUUUUAGGAGCCAGUUUUCUUGUAUUAAAAAAAAAUGUUUUUUUUUUUGUUUUUUUUUGAUGACUUGUGAAUAAUUUGGCUAAGUGAAAUGAAAACAAGUGAUAUGCUGUGGAAGUGUCAUCUAUUUUAUGUAGUACAAAAAUUAAGAAUUUAAUGUGUCCAUCUUAAUAUUUUUUCAAUUAAAAGUAUAGUCCACUGACUGUGUACUCA